UACUGUGAUAAUAUAGCCAUGUUUUAGCUCUAGGUGGUGUUCUGACUUUGUUUUAUUUUUUAAUUUAAUUUAUGUUUAAUUUUUUGAUGGUUUGAAUUGGCAUAACAAAUUUGAAAUUGUAACUUUUCAUAGUUGUGUGUGCAGGUAGGCUUGGUCAUCUAUUGGUAAUCAUUUAUCAAUGAUGUGCUUAAAGUUUAGAACUGCUAUGACAAGUAAAAUAAAGAUGAAAUGAUUUUCAGAAUAUAACCUUUUUCUUUAUAGACAUCUUGUUUAAGGAAGUAAGCAUUGUUGUCUAAGAACAUGGUUGAGGAUGAAUAUGUUUUUCAUGGUGCAUUUCAAUGUCUGACCUCUGCAGAGGCUUUGGGAAGUUUGUUUUUCAGUUUAUGGUUGAACUUUUCCUUUAAAUACAGAGGAUGCGAAACUUCCUGUCUUCUAUCAAUAGGAAGUGACAAGACUCAUUUUCCACACCCGUGGAAAAUGUUAAAAACUUAUUGAAUUCACUUCACUGCUGGACUGAGUAAUAUGAGCUUUUCUGGUUACUUAUCAAGGGGAAUUAAGGCCUGCAAGAUGGCAGACACAUUUCAUGUAGUCUAUUUGUAUAUAUUCUUCAUGGCUGUUAUUGCAGUUGUCAAAAGUGAUUGUUUGUGUAAUGAUUACCCUGAUGUCUCUACAAAAGCAUACAUUUUUGAAACCCCGACUCUGCCACAAGAAGCCUGCUGUAUGCCAACUGUCGGGAAUGGAUAUUUGGCCACCACUGUGUAUAGUAAAGUCAUUCAUGUGAAUAGUAUCUACAAUGGUAGAUAUGGAGACAGCCACCGUGCCAAGAUUCCAUCCACAGCUGAUAUCCAUAUAGACAGCAAGGACAAGAUAUUCAACAAAGAAUCCUUCCUAUUGAAUGUAAUUAAUGGGACAUUUUACCAUCGAAUCACCAUGGAGACUAGUAACAUAGAGCAUAGAAUAUAUGCUCAUCAAAAUUGGACUCGUCUCCUUGUCAAUGAAAUUUUGAUCUCAAGAAAACCAGGAACUUCUGACGAAAUCACUCUCUCACUGACGCACAAGUUUAACCCAAAGAGUGAGGAUGUCAGAUUAAAAGUGACAGCCCCCAAAACAAAGGGCGAUCCAUGGUUUUCAAGUGGUGGUACCACUACUUCUGAAACACCAACAAGUGCAACUUCAGCACUAUAUAUGUAUUGGGAUGAUGUACCAAGAAGCCUUACAUUAGCAUCAGGUGUUGAUUCCCAAGUCUGGACAUUUCUCUCUGCAGUCUCUGAAAGCAAAUCUGAAGCAUGGCAGUCACUGAGAGCCGGAUGGGAUGAGAGGGAUGCAGGGAUGCUCUUUCAUACCCAUGAGAAUGCCUGGCAACACAAGUGGAUGGAUGGCAAGAUUGAUCUAGAUGGAACUAACCUCAAACUGGCCAAAGCUAUCUAUGGCAGUAUGUACUAUAUAACAAGCUCUCUGCCUCCUCAAGGAGGUGAUGUUCAUUUUCCAUUCCAUUUUUAUGGUAUCAAUCCUGGAGAUUUGGCUCAUGGGGGAAGUGGUCCUGACAGUUACAAAGGGCACAUUUUCUGGGAUCAGGAGACUUGGAUGUUCCCGCCAAUUCUGAUGUUCCAUCCAGAUCUUGCGCUAGAAAUGUUGAAGUCUAGAUCUUAUCAUCUGCAGGCAGCCAGGGAUAAUGCUGCCAAGAAUGGAUACAGAGGUGCGCAGUAUCCCUGGGAGAUGGCAUUUACUGGUGUUGAGGUCUGCCCAGCGGCACCGUAUCCUACCAAUGAACUUCACAUCAGUGGAGACAUCGCAUUUGCUGUGCAGCAGUAUCUGUGGGCAGCCAAUGAUACAACAUUCCUUGAGAGUAACGAUGGAUUUGAGACAAUUAAAAGUAUUGCAGAAUUCUGGGAGAGCAAGGUGGAGUACAACCAAACCUUGAAGGCAUACACAAUCAACAACAUCAUGCCUCCUGAUGAAUAUCAUCAAAGCGUUAAUAACUCAGUCUACACUAACACCAUAGCCCAAAUAAGCCUCAGACUUCCGGCAUAUGCUGCUUCAUUGAUCAACAAGUCAGUUCCUAAAAAAUGGGCAGAAAUAGCAGAUGAGAUGGUCAUUCCAUUCGAUCAUAGACUGCAGUAUCAUCCAGAGUUUGAAGGCUACAUUCCGGGAACCUUUGUCAAACAAGCAGAUGCCAUCCUCCUAGGAUACCCUUUGAUGGUCAACAUGACAGCUGACACCAGACGCAAUGAUCUUGAGAUCUAUGAGACCUUUGAGGGAAUCAAUGUAACUGACCCUGAUGGUCCUGCAAUGACAUGGGGAAUGUUUGCUAUUGGCUGGUUUGAACUGAAAAACCUUACCAAAGCUGAGAAACACUUUGCUCGCAGCUAUGCCAAUAUCCAACAACCAUUUCAAGUCUGGACGGAAACAGCCACAGGGGCAGGUGCUGUUAACUUUGUAACUGGCAUGGGAGGAUUCCUCCAGGCUGUUGUGUUUGGUUAUGGUGGAAUGCGGCUGCAAAAAAACAGCCUCCGUGUCGACAUUACACUUCCGCCAGACACAGAUACCAUUACCUUUAGAGGUCUUAACUACUUAGGAAAUUCCCUGUGUAUCUCGGGGAAAAAUGACUCUGUAGAUGUUGUCAUUCUAGAUAAACCUGAUCUUCACUUCCAAGCUGAUUUACAACUUGUUCAAGGGUCGCAUGUUUAUCCUUUAUAUCUCAAAACAACAGUUACUGUACCUCGUUUGGAUUUCAGCAUAGAACCAACCUCUCCACAAUGAUUUGUAAAAUGAGUAAUUUUUUCCCUAGAAAAAGGGAGGGGGAUGUGGUUUUCUGUCA